GACACAAAUAGUUCAAAAAAAUACAACCGACUAUGUAUCGUUCAGCCUACCAAAAGGGGUUCCUUACUGUACUAUAUAGCGUGGGCAGUUCGCCGUUGAACAACUGGUCUUCCUAUACCAAAAAUGGCUACAUCAAGCGGAUCUACGAUGAAGACAUCAAGUCCCUGGUGCUCGAAAUAAUGGGAUCGAAUGUGUCCACCACUUUUAUACACUGUCCCAGCGAGUGCAAGGAACAGCUGGGCAUCAAGCUGCCAUUUCUCGUGCUCCUGAUAAAGAACAUGCACAAGUACUUUUGCUUCGAAGUUAAGAUUCAAGACGAUCAGCGCUUCAUGCGGCGUUUUCGGGUGUCCAAUUUCCAAAGCAAAACCUCGGUGAAACCUUUUUGUACGGCCAUGCCGAUGGGAAUGUCCCCGGGUUGGAAUCAAAUCCAGUUUAAUUUGGCUGAUUUCACUCGACGGGCCUAUGGGUCCAACUACUUGGAAACAGUCUCCUUGCAAUUGCAUGCCAACGUGCGAAUUCGAAGGAUUUACUUCGCCGACAAGCUCUACACUGAGGCCGAGUUGCCCAACGAUUACCGCCUAAUGGGCAAGCCAAAGGAUUUGAAGAAGCCGGAGAAGCAGUUCAAGGUGCAGGCAACCGCUCGUCCACCAUCGCCAUUAAACACGGCCCGUGCAGAUGCUGGCCCCUCAAAGGACACAGAGCAGGAUGCGGGCACCGCCACAGAUGCCGUCAGCGAACCGGAACCGGUGCUGCAGAAGGCUCCGUCGCCACCUGUUCCGCAGAAGGCUCCAACGCCACCGGAACCCGCUGCUCCUCCAGAGCCUGCCACCGAGCCAGAGCCAGCUCCACAAACGGAAGCCACCGAGGAGGCCUACUAUUAAGUUUUUGUUCCUAUUCAUUGUUAGUUUUUACUUAGAUGACACGCGACUGGGAGUGGACUACAUCUCCUAAAUUUCCAGUUAUAGAGGCAAUAUUAAACUGAAAAUCGAAA